AUGCUACCACUUUGGCUUUCGCUUUCGCUCCUGCUCCCGGUUUGGGCGCAGAGCAACACAACGAACGCGACCUCGGCCACGCAGCUGCCGUUCAACAUCACAGAGGCAACUGUUGAAGGCGAUGCGAACUAUUUGGCCCCAACUUUUCCGUUACUGCCAUUCAAUAAGUAUUCCGGAAACCCAAUCCUGACUCCAAACCCAGCCAACAACUGGGAGUCCACGUAUCUGUACAAUCCGACCGCAAUUGUUCUGAAUGAGACCAUUUUCCUGCUCUACAGGGCGCAAAAUGAGUCGAAGACGUCAAGCAUCGGCCUGGCCUGGUCGACGGAUGGAGUGAACUUCACCCGACUCGCGGAGCCGAUCCUGUAUGCAACUGAGCCAUGGGAGCAGAUCGGUGGGACAGAAGAUCCUCGAAUCGUGCGCAUCAACAACACGUUCUACAUGACCUACACUGCAUUCGAUAACUCGAGCGCGCAAUUGUGCAUGGCAAGCUCGACGAAUCUGCUGAACUGGACAAAGACCCCGCCCCUCAUCGAUGUGCCUUCUCCUCGUCUCAAUCACUCCAAAAGCGGUGCCAUCGUUUCUGAACCUACCGCUGAUGGCUUAUAUCAUAUGUACUUCGGCGAUAGCUUCUUCUACCACGCGACAUCGCCGGAUCUGCGAAAUUGGACCGCUCUGCCACCCGACAACUAUUUUGCCGCACCGUUGAAUCCGUGGGAAAACCGGUUGAUCGAGCCUGGUCCGGCUCCAAUCAAGACCCGCGACGGCUAUCCGCAGAACCAGUAUUCUGUGGGGCAGAUGCUGAUCGAUCCAACGCUGUCAUUUUUGCCCAAUAUCACAGUUCCGGAUGGGACCUACCAACCUGCGCUCAGAAAUGGACCAGUGGCGAGGGUGCAGAACCCGCUGCUUGUGCCCGAGGCAAGCAACGAGCAGACUGGACAGGUCGAUCAGGUCGUAUUUGCUGAGGGUCUGGUGCAGUUCAAAGGCAAAUGGUAUCUGUACUUCGGCCAGGGGGACUCUGAGUUAGGUGUGGCGAUUGCUGAUGUUCAGCCGUAA